UCGAGAAUCACUGAACAGCGCAGCAGGCCGUACCGUGACACCUGCGUGCGCACGGUAAAUCUGGGCCCCCGCGCCUAUUUGAACUCUUCCUUACCCAAACCCACGCGUGCUGACGGAAUUCGACCUUACUGGCGACAUCCCACUGCAACUCCACCUCUGUCACAUACCUUUUUGACCCUGCGAAGGCCUUGAAAUGGCUUCCUCGAGCGCCGCACCACCGGCUGAGGAGCAGCCGCAAAUGGAGGUCCCGAAUGUCGGCAUCGAAGCCGAGUCGGUUGAGGCCUCCGACUCGGAUUCUGCAUAUGGGGAUGAUUUAGAAAGUUAUACCACAUCGCUGAAGUCUACGGUUUUGAACUAUCGCUUUGAGAAUGGGAGACGGUACCACGGCUUCAAGGACGAAGGCGCCAAAUACUUCUUCCCAAACGACGACGAAGAAAAUGACCGACUCGACCUCUACCACCACAUUCAAUCCUUACGACUCGGCGGUGAACUCCACCUUGCCCCAAUAGGGGACCAUCCCCAGAGAAUCCUCGAUAUUGGAACAGGUACAGGGAUCUGGGCAAUCGACAUGGGAGACAAAUACCCGUCCGCAGAGAUAUUAGGCAACGAUAUCAGCCCCAUCCAACCCUCUCUAGUACCACCGAAUGUCAAAUUUGAAGUCGAUGACUUGGAAGAUGAAUGGGUUUACUCGUCCAAGUUUGACUUUAUACACAGUCGAUAUCUUGCGUGUUCCAUAAGAGAUUGGCCAAAGAUGAUGCAACAGGCCUACAAAUUCACCAAACCGGGCGGCUGGGUCGAGUUCCAGGAUUUCGAUACCAUGUUCUACACCUCUAGCAACGGCGAUUAUAAGCCCGGGAACCUCGUCGAGGAGUGGGCGUCCAAGAUCAGAGAAGGGCUGAAGAAGUUUGGCGUAGAGCCCGAUCCAGGGCCAAAGAUCGAAGGCUGGGUAAAAGAUGCUGGCUUCGUUAAUAUCCAAUCCAAAACGCUCCCAUUCCCAAUAGGCACCUGGCCAAAGGAUAAAAUGCUGAAAGAAGUCGGCGCCUUCAACCUCAUCCAAUUUCUUGACAACCUCGAAGGAAUGACACUCCGUAUAUACACCAACGCCUGGGGUUGGUCUCCCGAAGAAGUCAAAGUGCUCUGCGCGAAACUUCGCCCAGCAUUCAAAAAUCCGAAAAUGCGGAUCCAGCAUAAUUGGUACAUCAUAUACGCGCAGAAACCGUUAGAUGCGGUCGACUAAAUUUAGGGAAGGGGGUUUAUGGUUCGUUCCGAACCGCUAGGCUGGGCGGGGGUUUCGUAGGCAUUGCGAGCGAAGCAUUGGGAUGUGAAAAUAUACCCCAUUCGUGAAAAAGGGUUUGCUUUGAGAUUUCAGUAAGGGGUUUGGGAUUUAAGGAGCGUUUCUUCAUGAGCAUGACAGCAGCAUCCAGACACGAAUUGUCUUUUUUUGAGAGAUUACGUCCCACUUGGCUAAUAUGUGAUAGGUGGUUGGGACAAGCCACGGACGGACCCAUACCCACGUGGCUGGAAACUUUAUUCGCACGCAUGGGCAUCCAUGGAGGUUGGCGUUGCUGUUGCUGAAAUCACUCCAAUGAAUCGACAGGGAAAAAUAAUGGUGGACAUGAGGGUGCAUUACGCCGGCCCUAUUUACCACUCUGUCCUCCUAGAACGUCCAAG